AAUGAUAUACAACCCCAAUACACAAGACCUAGAAUGAAUUGGGCGGGCAACCUGCAAUCAUGUACAAAGGAGAUGACUGAUGCCAUGCGAGAGAAUUGUCAUCCACUAGUCACACAUGAUGACAUGACAGUGUUUUCAUGAUUUCAUCUUCACCUGCCUCCGGAGAAAACAAGUUAUGCGAUUAAGCCAUGAAUUCAAGCACGAACUGCCAUGAGAACUUGAAGGAAGUCAAAUAUGUGAAGGAAUUGACAGAAUCAGUCAUUUACCAGAUACAAUACUUGCACAUAUACUUUCUAAUAGUAUUCUAUCACGCAGAUGGAAGUAUCUUUUCACUCUAAUAACCAACUUCGACCUUGAGGAGACAUUCACGUUUGAUAGUAGAAGUUCGAGCACUUUCAAGGAUUUUGUGGAUAGAGUUUUGAUGCUCAGCAAGCCCACACACAUCACCAAAUUUCGCCUCAAAACUAAUCCUGGUUGUAACUGCUCAAAUGUUAAGACAUGGAUUGAGUUUGCAUUACUUCAUGGAGUUACGGAGCUUGAUAUCAUCACAUGGGAGUCUGAGUUUAGCAUGCUACCAGUAUCACUUUUUGUUUGUGAGACACUGGUGGUACUAAAGUUGCAUGCAAGAUCGGAAAUGGAGUUUCCUGUACUCUUGCUGCCACGUCUAGAAUUCCUACAACUUCAGUCUGUUAUAUUUACUGAAGAAUGCUCUCUCAACAACCUCAUUUUUGGCUGUCCUAUGCUCGAGGAAUUGUUCCUUGGAAGUGACUGGGAAGAUGUUAAUAUUUCUUCUCCGAAUCUAAGACGUUUGACUAUCAAUUUCAGCGAUGGGAUACCAUACUAUCACAGAUCUACUGUAGAGCUUGAUCUUCCCAGUUUGCUAUUCCUAAAUUAUGUGGAUUUCCUGGCAGUACAAUACUGCUUAAAGAAUAUGAACUCUCUCGAGGAAGCUCUUAUUGACAUUGUAUUGGACAUGAAAAACUCAUCUGAGAAAUUCGAUUCAGUUUCAGGUCUCAUAAAUGGAGUCUCUAGUGCCAAUCAUCUGUGCCUCACUGGUACAUGUCUACACGCUCUAUUGCGGGGCCAAAAUAAGCUGCCAACCUUCAAUAACUUGUCUUGCUUAGAACUUGGAUUGGAUAGAUAUACUUACUGGGAGGAAGACUUGCCUAAGUUACUGCACAGCUCGCCCAUUCUUGAGAAUCUUGUCUUCCCUGAGGGAAUCGUGUUUUCAGAAAGUGAUGAUGAAUUUUGUGACAUAAACUUCUGGAGCAAAUUGCAAAUAUCACCUUCUUGUCUUUCCUCUCAUCUCAAGACUAUUACCAUAGGGUUAUUUAGAGGGAUCGACGAAGAACUGAGGAUAAUUAAGUAUCUACUCGGGACUGGGAAGGUGUUAAUGAAGCUGAUUGUGUACUGUAACGUCAGAUCAAAGAAAGAGUAUCGAGGACUAAUGAAGUUGUGCAGAAUAGGAAGAUUAGCCACCAACGAGUGUUUAAUUGAAGUAAAGAGAUACUAGUAUUGUUAAUUGGUUUAUGUUGUUGUCACCAGCAGCUUAACAUGGUAAUCAAACACGUGGUUUAUUGGUCCCAUGUUUUGAGGUUCUGCAUCCAAGUGCAGGUGAACCUUAGUUUCGCAUAUUUUCUGCUAAUUAUAAUGGUUCUUAUUAUAGGAUUUUAACUUAUGGUUGUAAAAUGGACGAAGUAGCCUAAGAUCUUUGCUUUAGAAACAAAAUUCCAAUCUUUGCUUGUAGCAGGAAUUGAUAUGCAUAGGCCUUACGUUACACUUCUCAA